UUACGAAAGAGUGAAGCCCCUUUCCCACCCUACAAGUAUAGUGAAGUCAUUUCCCAGCGGCCUCUUAACCGUUUCUCUGGGAGCUUCUGCUGUGAGUUGUCCAGAUCUGUGCAGCUGUGGAAACUUCAUUACCCAGAAAGCUAUGCAUUGAACGGCAGCGGAGUCAAUCCAAUGAAAGUCCAGGAAGGGGGUCUUUCCCUGAGGGCAAACCGCAUUGGGGCGGGACGUCCGGCCGGUUCGUGGUGCUCAUUUAAGCGACUCUCAGGUCUGUUCACCAGGUUUGAGGUUCCGCUUUCCGCUCGUCAGGUCGGGGCCGAGGUGACCGACACAGCGCGAGAGAAGACUUUGUUCCAUUACACAGAGGCGGGUUUAGGGUAGGGGACAUCGCCUCCUGGGAGACCGGCCUCGGGAAGUCGGUGUCCCGGUCCCUGCCGGUCGCUCGUCUGUCACCACUUCACUCGGCCCUGGGGCUUCGAUGGUGGCGGCCGCGCUGAGGGGCCCGGCUCAGGUUCUCAUGGCUGCACAAGUGCUGUUGGAACCUACACGGCAGGGAUGUGUGACCUUUGAGGACGUGGCCCUGUAUUUCUCCUGGGAGGAAUGGGAUCUCCUUGAUGAGGCUCAGAGGUGCCUAUACCACGAUGUGAUGCUGGAGAACUUUGUACUUACAUCCUCGCUGGGUAAGACUCACAUCCACCCUUGUGCCCCAGGUUGUUGGAAUGGAGUAGAAGAUGAGGAGACACCUAAACAGAGCAUUUAUGUAGAAGAAGCAUCACAGAUCAGGACUCUUAAGGCAGGUUUGUCUACCCAGAAGGCGCAACCCUUUGAGAUGUGUGGACAAAUCUUGAGAGACAUUUCAUGCUUGGCUGAGCACCAGGGAACAUAUCUUGGGCAGAAAACAUGCACAUGUGAGAAGCGAUUCUAUUUCCCCAUCAACCUUCAAUGGUACCAGGGACAGGACAUUAGAGAGAGCCCCUUCAGAAGUUCUAUGGACAGAGUCUCAUUUACGAAGAGCUGCAUAGUCUAUGUGUCAGGGAAGCCCUUUGCCUGUGGAGAGAUUGGGAAGGACUUUUUAGCCAGCCUGGGAUUUCUUCAUCAACAGGUCACUCACACUGGGGAGAAACCAAACAAGAGUAAUGAGUGUGAGGCUGUCUUUCACAGUGGAAAAAGUCAUCACAACUGGGGAAAACUCAAGAAAGCCUUUAGAUACACAGAUAUACGUGCUCAGAAUCAGAGAGUCCUCACUCGAGAAGGGCUUUAUGAAUGCAGCAAAUGUGGAAAAGCCUGCACCCGAAGAUGUAACCUCAUUCAACACCAGAAAGUUCACACUGGAGAAAGGCCUUUUGAAUGCAGUGAAUGUGGAAAAUUCUUUACCUACUACUCCAGUUUCAUUAUACAUCGCAGAAUUCACACGGGAGAAAGGCCUUAUGAGUGCAAUGAAUGUGGGAAGUCCUUUAGCCAAAGCUACAGUCUUAAUAGCCAUAGGAAAGUUCACACUGGAGAAAAACCCUAUGAGUGCAGAGAAUGUGGAAAGUCUUUUAGCCAAAGGUCCAACCUCAUUCAACAUCAGAGAGUUCACACUGGAGAAAGGCCUUAUGAGUGCAGUGAUUGUGGGAAGUCCUUUAGUCAAAACUUUAGCCUCAUUUACCACCGGAGAGUUCACACUGGAGAAAGGCCUCAUCAGUGCAGUGAAUGUGGAAAAUCCUUUAGCCGAAGUUCCAGCCUUAUUCACCACAAAAGAUUACACACUGGAGAAAGGCCUUAUGAGUGUAGUAAAUGCGGGAAAUCUUUUAAGCAAAGCUCUAGCUUCAGUUCACAUCGGAAAGUCCACACAGGAGAAAGACCUUAUGAGUGUGGGGAAUGUGGAAAAUCCUUUAGCCAUAGCUCCAACCUCAAGAACCACUGGAGAGUUCACACUGGAGAAAGGCCUAUUGAAUGCAGUGAAUGUGGGAAAUCCUUUAGCUGCAAAUCUAACCUUGUUAAACACCUGAGAGUCCACACAGGAGAAAGGCCUUAUGAGUGCUGGGAAUGUGGAAAAUCCUUUAGCCAAAGCUCAAGCCUCAUUCAACACCGGAGAAUUCACAGUGGAAAAAAGGCUUAUGAAUGCAGUGAAUGUGGCAAAUCCUUUAGCUGCAAAUCAGACCUCAUUCAACACCAGAGACUUCACACUGGAGAAAGAUCUUAGAUGUACCGUGGUGUGCAGUUUCCUUUUAGUAUAAUUACAUUGGAGGAAAGAACUUGAGAGGGAGCCAUUUACCUGAAUUAAAACCCAUACAUUGGAAAAUCCACCGUGAGGAGCUUCUUAAGUUCUAGAUAUGUGGGAAUCUAAGGAUCUGUGUUACACUUGUAACCUGCUCAGGGCCCUCGACAGUUUCUAUGGCACCUCUCCCAUCUGGCAGAUCCACAUAGUGUGCAUCAGUCACCACCCUAACCAGCUCAGGAAAGGUGACCUUGGUCCCCUCAUUUGCUGGAGGAAAUCCUGAGUAGUCUUAGCCCUUCUGGGAUCAUCUUUCCUUUCUCUUUUACAAGUUAGGGUGUGGACCUAGCUCAGUUUUGGCCCAGUGGACCCAAUCUGAGUUCUUCUGAUGACUUGUCAAGAGGGCUACAUUUUAGGCUGGCCGAGUGGCGCAUUGGUUAAAAGUUGGCUUUGGAUGCCAGCUCUGAGCAGCAGGGCCCAGUUUGGA